AUGGCCGACGAACCGGAAUCGCGGCUACUGGGCCUGGCACCUGAACUUCGAAACCGUAUCUAUGACAUGGUCUUCGAGGACAACGAAGUCGACUGGAACAGCGCAACCAGUCCACCUCCAGGAUUGUUGCUGGCUUGCAAGCAGACCCACACCGAAGCUAUCGGCGCCUGCUACGAACUGUCGACUUUCACCUGCAAGGACUCAUGUUUUGCCAGAGAUCGGCUAUCAUGUCUUCCUGUCAAAUACAGCAACAUCAUCAAGAACGUGUGCCUUGGUGCAGCCGACGAGACAUGCAGUGGCGAAAUUUUCUUGCUUGAGGAGAAGGCAUUCAAGGCGCAGCUUUCGCUUCUGCGACUACAAAGCCUGGCGAAAAUCAAAGAGGACAAGGGAUUGAAGACGCCGGGUGCGAUUGGGGCUGUGGUGCGGGUCAAGACAUCCCUGGCGGGUGAUGAGAAAGUGAAGACCGAUGAGCCUUGGUGUCUAUUUGCUGGGAAGACAUUUCAACUGUCAGCCGAGCUUGUUGACCAGGACUUCAGGGACGAGUACGUGAACAUGCUGCGCUUCUUCAAGUACGACCAUCACAUGCCUAGUCGAUGUUGGACAUGGCUGUGGGGUGGAGAGCGGUGGAAUUGCAGAUGUCCUAUGAAGCCCCAGUGA